UCUGUGACGUAGUAACAGUUUGUUGUGCAUUGUGUAUUUAUAAAGGAACUGAAUGAUUUCCUUUAAAUUUUAUUUUAUAAUUUAAAAUUAACUCUUACACUUGUGACCCUUUCAGUCUCCUUUUUCCUUUGAGUUAAAGAUACAUCACGUCGGUACCUGCCCUGCGUGAUCAUUUUGUCUUCUUUUACACUUGAGUCUGACUCAUUGAGAUUUGUUUAGUUUUUGUGUGCAUGUAUUGUGAAUUUCUGUAUCACCGUUUUACUGUUAAUCAAUCAGUUUUCUCCGUGUAAAUGAAGUAUUUGUAGGAAAUGGCAAGGAAUUCUCACAGCAAAUCCAGCCUUCAAAGUCUUGAAAACAACCUGUCAGUUGUCGAAGUGAAAAGCAAGUUUGAUGCAGAAUUCCGGAGAUUCUCCUUAUCAAAAUCUGAAAAGUAUGAAACUUUUAGAGAAAUGCUAGAAACUCUGCAUCACUUAAGUGAUAUACCAUUUGUUGUCUCUUACACUGACCCAAAAGAUGGAGACUUGUUACCCUUGAAUAAUGAUGAUAACUUAGGAAUAGCCUUACAAAAAGCUAAACCUCUUCUCAGAGUUAUCAUUCAACGUAAAGGAGAGAGUUUAGAAGAAUUCAAGGGCUAUGGAACCAUGAAACAUCGGAAUCUCAUCUCAUCAAUCCUUGGAGGAACUCAGGGUAAAACAAAAUCAAAUCUGCUGAUCUCGAAUCCUCAUGAUUUUCGACAAGUUUCUGCAAUUAUCGAUGUUGACUCUGUGCCAGAAUUUUGUCGAAGAGUAAAACUUCUGAAGCAUGGGUCUGAGCGGCCUUUAGGUUUUUACAUUCGUGACGGUACUUCAGUGAAGGUUACUCCUGUGGGACUAGAGAAAGUACCUGGAAUAUUUAUUUCACGAUUGGUACCAGGUGGAUUAGCGGAAUCAACUGGACUACUAGCUGUCAAUGAUGAAGUCCUUGAAGUCAAUGGUAUUGAAGUAGCAGGAAAGACACUUGAUCAGGUUACAGACAUGAUGGUUGCAAAUAGCUCAAAUCUAAUCAUAACUGUCAAACCUGCCAAUCAGCGAAUUUCUUGAGGACAAUAGAAGCAUUUUUUGUAACAAUUUGCUGGGCUAUCAAAAAUGGUAAUCAGCAUGCUUUUCACCUUUCGUAGACUUGACUAGGAACCUUGCUCAACUCAAGUGUUCCUCUGUGAAGCUCUCACAACCUAAAGUAAGAAGGAUUGUGCAAUUGGAUCGUUUUCCAAUUAAAAACAAUGAUCAGUAUUCGAAUAACUUACGUUAUACAAAUUUUGUCCUGUAUUUUAAUUUAGUCAGUUUAAUUGAGUAAAAGUCCACUAAAAAAAAAAAAAAAAAAAAAAAAAAAAAAAAAAUUACGAAUAAUUCUAUAGUCUUUAUUGUAAAUUGAAGUACAAUUUUGACUGGGGCACUAUCCUUUUCUUUAAUUUUUUGUUCAGGAAAUUUUGAAGCUUGACCUCUAUUGCCGGGGGUAAAAAAUCAAUAUUACGCACUGUAAUUUUAAAAAACAAUAUUGUUACUGGCUAGGCAGGUCAGCAUUCUUUAAAGAAGAAAACUAAGAUACUAUAUCGUUAAUGAGAGAUUUUGUAUCAUUAUUGUUCCACUUAUUGAAAGUUGGGAUAACUUGCAGAGAAAGCAAGGACCGUUUCUUUGAUAAAAAGGAAAAAAAGUGAAAAAGUGCCUUAAAAUGUGCCCCCCCCCCUUAUAUGUGCCUCAUUAAAGUAAAAAAUUAGACUGCUGAAUUAAAUUUCAGUUUAUUUCCCUUUGUUUGAUUAUUUUUUUUAUUUUAACUGAUGUUGUGUAAAGGUUUCUUCGGUUUUGCUUAAAUUUUUACCGAUACGACCUUUUUACCUUGUAUAGAAAUGAAACUUGUAUGCACACGUAAGUUUGCACGUUUUUAAAUCAUCAAAUUUUUAUGAUUGUUAGAUUUUAAUUCACUUUAUUUGAAAAUAAUUUUUUUCAAAGACUAGCUCUCAAUAUCUAUUCUAUGCCCAUAUUGAAAAUAUGUGUAUUUUUAUCUGCAAGGACAAAGGAUAUCAUAUCAAUUAUUUAUUCAUACCAAGCUGUGGUUUUACUUUUAUCAACUUUUUAUGAUCUAGUUGUUCUGAAAAACUUUCAAAACAUAAGGGUAAUUUUUGAGCUGGAGCCUAACAGAAAAUUUCAUUUUCAUAUUUUCUUAAUUUAUUUUUGCUUUUGAAUGAAUUAAUUACUGGAUGGAUCAAUAUGUCACCUCUUAUUUAACUUUCAACUUAGUGUAUCUGUAAGAUAAUUAGCCAAUGUGUUUUAGAAGCAUUUUAUACGCAAUCAAACUUUUUUCUCUCUUUUUUUAAAAUGUCAAAUUUAUUCUAGAAUAAUGAUAUAUAUACUACAGAUAACCAUGAAAAGCUAAAACCUCUUCAAAUUAGAUGAUCAAUGAACCUACAAAUUUUAAACGUACCAUUUUCGAACUGAAAUAUUCUGGAUGCCAGGAGAAACAUCACUGUGUAUUUUAAAGAAAUGCUAUUUCAUUCACAAAAAUAAUGAAGAUUCUUGUUCAUUCUUUGUUUUGGCUGAGUUAUCAGAUAAAUUGGCACUUUCAGGAGAAGAAUUCAUCAGUAUAUCCUCAGGAGAAAGUAUUGGUUUUCAGUAUCUGUGCACAAUGGCAGCCUAGUGUCGUUGUUGCACUUGAUCAACCCUAUAUGGUUACGGGAGGACUGCAAUGUAGUCGCUUGCGAAUGGAAAGUUUACAGCUGCCAUCAUAUCUGACGUGAAUUCUUAAAAAUGCAUUCCGAAACUUUUAAUCGCCACCUCUAAUUCAUGUACAUAUUGUUUUUAGUUUUACUCUUAACCAGCAUUGUAAAAACAUGUAUAUAUGUCUCUAGUCAAAUUGAUUAUUUAUAAUAAGCACUGAAAUUUAUCUUAUAUAGCAUAUUGAUGGUGCAACUAGAAAAAUGGGUUUCUCAAUCAUGGCUAUUUUGUCGGUGUCUUAACAGGAUUCUUGACAUCUUAAUUUGACCUACAUGUUAUAUUAUGUAGUGCUGUUUUAGACGUCGCUGACGCCAGCUGGUAUCAACAUCGGUAUCACAAUUUUUAUCAAAAGUUUGCAAACAAUCUUGCACAACUGCGGACUGGAAAACCCAGGGGCAGGUCCAUCAUUAAAGAGUCUGCCAAAAUCAAUCCCUCUUUCAGCAAGGAAGCUGCUUAAAACAUCAUUCCUUUGAACGGUUAUUUCAAUUUCUCCAUUUUUUAGAAUCCUUAGGUUACAAAUGACUGCUUCAGGAACAGAGGGCAUUUUUUUGUUCUUAUCAUUAUCGUCGACGAAUUUUACAAUGAAGCGGACCCCUUUUUCAUCGACAUACUUGAAGCAAUCAUGUUCAGAAUUCAAAAAUCCAUUGCUACCAGUAGAUCCAUUGCCAGUAGUAGAUACACUUUUGCAUAAUUUUUUUCUUGCUGGCGUGAUAGUGUCACCAAUCGAUCCUUUAGGAACAAAAAAGUCCUUAUCUCUGCCUAAAUUAAUAGGAUCAGGAUUCUCUCUGGUCUUUUCAAAUUUUUGAGGAGUAUUGACAAGAAUAUCUUCCGUUGGUUGGACAUAUAUAACUGUAUUCGCUUCUGUAUUGAAUUUGUCAAAGAAUUUUGUCAUAUGUUUGAAGAACUUCACCCUUCGAACAUUCAGUUUGUUAAACGCCAUAGUCUACUAUUCUUUAUCGGUUAGAGGAUGAAAUUGUUGCAAGCCGUAUAAGAGGGUCAGGGAUCUUAGAAAUUCGGUGUUUGGAGGAGGUUUUUCACCAAAUGUGCCUCCAAAUUUAAAUCUUUUGCCAACUGAAUGAUAUGUGGUCGAGGAUUUAGCAAGGGACAGAGUAGAACGUCUAGGGGCACAGAAUACAACCUGAAACAGAGUGAACAAGAAAAACAAUAAAUAGAUGAGAAAAGAAUUCAUCAUGUACUUUUUUCGAAUUGUGAUAAAACAGCCUCGGGGAAAAAAAAUUCCCAGGUCAAAUUUUGGUGAUCGGGUCAACCGCAAGUUUUCUUAACAUAACCUCCAACUUCGACUGACAAAGUUCAUGAAUUUUAUGCUGUUUAAAACAUGGCAAUAACUGUUCCAAAGAACGUUUUUUUUCUUUCUUCUGAUAGAAACGUCUUUAUUACAGAAUAGCAUCUUCUGUAUCCAUUCAUUUGAUUUGUCACACAGAUAGCCAAGAGGUGAAGGAAGCAAACAUUUCUGAUUCUGAGUCAUAAUUCAAGACCUUUAAAAUUUGUUUAAACCCUUGGAAGUCCCUUGAAAUCCUAGAAAAGAGCCAUUAAUACAUUGAUAUAGUUAAGUAACUAUUUACAUCUCCUUGAAGAGUCCUUGAUUUUAGUUUUAAGUACAAAUCAUGAGCCCUUUUUUAAGGAAACAAAGGGAUUGAGGAAAAAAUUUACCACCAGUGGAAUUUAUUUUUCCACAGAGUCCGCUCCUUAUCAUGAAAAAAAAACUGUAGAAAUUUAUGAAGACCGACUGUACUUCCUUUUUGUUUAAAAAAAAAAUGAAGUAUGACGGUAAAUUUGCAACAGCGCCAUUGAGAUAGGCAAUUUUCUACUUUCACCAGAAAUAUGCAAGAUCCUUACGGAUACCCCUCUGGUUAAUUAGACGAAAAUGACGUUUAGAAUCUUCCUCAGAUAAAGAGCUUUCUCCGACUACAUUAUGCGCUGAAGUUUGAACUCAACCAAGAGGAAUAUUCCAAAGGGAUCUCAUGUAAUGCACCGUGUAUUUUAUUAUAUAUUGAUGAAGGUAUUAUGUAACAUUCCUUCAAUUUUUAUAGUAAUAUGUAUGUAUUUAGUUGAAAAACGUUAAGUUACCCCUAACAGUACUAAUUAAUUACUGGUUUUUAUGUUCAUUCUUCGCUUGCAGAUAUGUUCAGAAACAAGCUUAACUUGAAAUUCUCUUGUUUCAAAAUAUGUAAUUUUUAAUGCCUUCAUUCUCAACAUUCUUCAAUAUAAUUUUAAUUUUGAAUAAUUUUUUUGUUGAAAUUUUUCAUGUGCGGAUAGCACAGGAAGGUUUUCAGGUCAACUUUGGUAUUACACUUGGUUUGAAAUCAGUCAUUAGACAGACCUACUUUCAAUCCCAUAAUGUUCUUGCAAUAGUUCAGCUUUUUUAAGAACUGUAGACAGCUCUCAGAUGUGCUUUUAAGAAUUUUACUGGAUUAUUUUUCUGUUUAACAUCCUGGUCAAAUUAUGAAGUGCUCAUUACUUUGCUGUAAUAUGCAGAUGUCUUUAAGUUGAGCACUGUUUAUUUUCUUUCUGCUCUCUUUUUUCAUAUUAUUACAGGAGGUAUGCUCCUUUGGGGAGUAACUGUAAUGGGAGUACAGUAAAUGUCCAAUUCUAGAGUUGUUAUGGAGUUCCUGAGGGGAAUAAAAUUAGAAACAUGACGAAUUGAAAUGAAUUGUGAUGCUAAAGUACUUCAAAGAUUUCUAAAAAUUGACAGAAUUUGGUGCUCCCCUUCCAGACCCCACUUAUAAUUUUAAAAUGGCAUAAAUUUGUAAUUUCAGCCUUGCUAUAAUUUCAGCAUUACUCCGUCAGUCAUCCGAAAAUUAUACUCAGUGCCCUUCUUUCUCACUGACACAAUAAAAUGUAGCAUGGAUAAAUUUUGUUACGUCGCUAAUUUCAAUCAACUGGACGUUUACAUUUUCUUUUCAAAUCAUCUUUUUCCACAGGUAAUCUUCUUGUGAAGUUACCAAAACUAAAAUGAUCAACUUCCCAUGUAAAUGAAUUGUAAUGUAAAAUUUUUAGCAUCCAUUCUCUUGUACCUAUUUCAUUUAUGAAAAUUUGCAUCGUCACAAUAAGUAGCCGCACAUUCAUAAUUGCAUCACUGUAAUUAGAUGGACUAGAGAGACAGAGAAAGAGAUUAACGACAUUGAGUUACAACAAAUAUAUGGGAUUUUUAGUAUAAAUAGUUAUUUAUGAUCAAUAUCUUUAGAUGUGAUUUUGAAUUAAUGUCAGUGCCAUUAAUUUUGUCCAAAAUCUACCUUUUCCCCAAAAAAUUCUCUCAAGGUUGACAAUCCUGCUAAUAUAUUCACCCUUAAUUUCAUGUUUAGUGAAAAUGUUGGUGGGCUUUCUUAUGAAUGUGGUGCUCUUUUAAUGACCUCUUUAAGAGCCCUUCCUGAGUUUGAGACUUGAUUCUAGACCUAAUGAGCUCUACAGUUAAGUCUAAAACCAGGAUCUCCUAAAAUUCUACAAGAGAGUAAUUGAUUAAAUGGACUAACUGAGCCAUAAGUAGCUUAAUUACAUAAGACUCUCCUUCAUUCCUCUUACAUUUAUAUUUUUUAUCUGGAAAGAAGGUGACAUCAUAAUUUGAAGUUUUGUGAGUUUAAUGUUUAAAAAAAAAGGAGAGAUUCAAAGAAACCUUCUAAUUAGAGCUGUACCAAAAAAACUCAUACAGGCUGAACACAGAAUCAUUGGUCUAACUUGCAUCAUGAUUGUAACUAAUAAAGCUUUUAUUCUAAAUAAUCUACAUUUGUCUGCAAAUUUUAACAUUUUUGAACGUAAAAGUAUAGCUAUGAAGCCUGGAUUUUUUCCCUCUUGUAUUAGCCUCCUACAUUUUUCACCCAUAAAAAAGUUAAAAACGAUAAUUUUUACUCAAAAAUGCCAUUUAUGUAAUCUAUAUAUUUUCCUCCUUAUUUUUUUAGAGGUAUAUAAAUAGGCUCUGCCACUAGGAGGUUUAGAGGCGUUAUGUUGUUUUGUCUUCUGUCAAAAUAAGAGAACCAAGAAAAAAAUUAAGUUGGCGAUUCGAAAUGCAGUGAGGCUAAUUUUUGUUGUGUCUAUUUUAUGGUAAGCAGGAAAUCCCCUGUACUCUUAGAAACUCAUGAAGCACAAUUUCUUCAAAAUUGAAAAGUUAUUUUUCAAUUGAAGAAGGGCUUAAGUGCUACGAAAUCUGCAUGGUGGUCAAGUCCUCUUUAAUUAUGCUAUUUUUAGCCAGCAAAAAGCACAUAUUAUGUAAAUCUUGAUAGCCCCAGUCCAAUUAAUGAGAAAUUUCAGAGCCCUUAAUUUUAAGCCAAAGGUGUCAUAGGCAGAAAUUAAAAAAAGCUACCUGGCUUUUGAGCCAACUCAUCAAAAUAAAAAUUUUUUUGUAUACCAAUAUAAUUUUGUAUGUUACAAUGUACUUACCUUUGUACUAUUUUGUGCGUUUUUAUAAAAACUUGGAUUAAGCAGUGAAUAAGUCUUCCGAGCCUAAGUUACAAGGCUUAUUUUUAACUGGGUUUUAAUCGUUGCAAUUUUUAUUACCUUUUUUUUUGCCUGUAAACCUAUACAUGUACAUUUUUACAAUAAACUUCUGUAAUAAUUGA